AUGAGCGAUACUCUAGCACUUCGAGGCACGCUUGAAGGUCAUUCCAACUGGGUUACUGCAAUAGCUACCACAUCUGAAAAUCCGGAUAUGAUUUUGUCCGCCUCUCGUGAUAAGACUAUUAUAGUUUGGCAGUUGACUCGAGAUGAAACCAAUUAUGGAGUGCCGCGUAAAGCUCUAACUGGUCAUAAUCAUUUUGUGCAAGAUGUGGUGAUCUCUUCUGACGGACAAUUUGCUUUGUCUGCAUCUUGGGAUAAGACUCUUCGUCUAUGGGAUUUGAACACUGGAACUACCACGCGUCGAUUUGUUGGACACGAAAAAGAUGUGCUUUCAGUAUCUUUUUCGCCUGAUAAUCGACAAAUUGUGUCCGGAUCAAGGGACAAAACUAUUAAAUUAUGGAACACUUUGGGGGAGUGUAAAUUCAAUAUUCAGGAAGACGGGCAUUCCGAGUGGGUUUCUUGUGUGAGAUUUUCACCGAAUCCAUCUAAUCCUGUUAUCGUCUCUUGUGGUUGGGAUAAGCUUGUUAAGGACAGCAUCACUAUGUUGUGGGAUCUUAACGAAGGGAAACAUUUAUACUCUUUGGACGCUGGUGAUAUUAUCAAUGCACUGGUGUUUAGUCCAAAUCGUUAUUGGCUUUGUGCUGCCACUUCGUCCUAUAUCAGAAUUUGGGACCUUGAAACAAAAGUUGUGGUGGAUGAUUUAACGGCAGCUUACGAAAAUCAAAGAGACAAUAAAAAGGAUCAACAUCAGUGCAUCUCACUUGCUUGGUCCCCUGAUGGUACUACUUUGUUUGCUGGUUAUACUGAUAAUAAAAUUCGAGUAUGGCAGGUUACUAGAGUUUAG